CUCACACAUCGUUUCUAAACACUGUUUAAAGAGAUUUGCUCUUUGUUAUAGCAGUUAUAAAUUAUGUUUUGCAAUUAUACUUAAAUAAAUAAUAGUUUCAUACUACAAGUGCUUUCAGCGGCACAAAAGACUCCCGAGAUUUGUAUGUUUCUCGACGUGCAAUGUGGCUUUCUGAGCCUCAAUGCGCCCCCUAGCGUUAAACAAGAAUUUGUACUUUAUGAUGCACGUAACUUUUCCAAGUAUUGUCAUUUUCUGUGAUUUCGGAUCUUAGUAACUGUUGACUUUGUAGUGCUUGUGUUGGUUGUGUCAUUUCUACUAUCUGAGCAAUAACGUGAUAAUAAAUACAAGUGCAAUAAAUUGGUCCAUUUCCGUUUUACAUUAUCGUUUCGUUGCAAAGUGAUGCGGGGGCCAGUGCGCUGGGUGUUGUGGGAUGUGAAGGACACCCUGUUAAAGGUCCGUCGCUCGGUUGGGGAGCAGUACUGUACCGAAGCAGAGCGAGCCGGGCUGAAACUGCCAGCCGCACAGGUCGAAACUGCUUUCAGACAGGCUUACCGACAGCGAUCGCACCUAUUUCCUAACUAUGGCAGAGCUCAGGGAAUGAGUAGCCAGAACUGGUGGACCGGACUUGUGAGGGACACUUUUGCACACUGUGGGGUAAACGACCCAGCUGUGCUGGAUAAACUGGCCAGCAACCUUUAUCACAACUUCUGCGGAGCAGAAAACUGGGAGGUGUUUUCAGAUUCUAAUGGUGCCCUGAAGUCCUGCAGCUCUUUGGGGUUGAAGCAAGGAAUUGUCUCUAACUUUGAUAAGCGUUUGGAAGGCAUCCUGAGGGAAUGUGGACUCCUGGCUUACUUCUCCUUUCAUCUGACAUCAGAGAAAGCUGGGGUGGCUAAACCAGACCCUGCUAUUUUUUCCCAGGCUCUGGUGCGGUGUGGCGUGCCAGCCUCCAGUGUAGCCUAUGUCGGGGACCAUUACGUGAAUGACUACCUGACCUCACGCUCACUGGGCAUUCGCGGUUUUCUGCUUGAUAGACAAAAUUGUCAUGGACACCUUGAUAUCCCCCCUCAGCAUAGACUACAGAGCCUAAACGAAUUACCAGCACGACUGCAGCAGGAAAUAGACUGAGUGCUGUGACUGUUAAAUAUGUUAUGUGACCCUGUACCACAAAGUUAUAAAUAUGUGUUGCUAAGGACUUUGUUUGGACAACUUUAAAGGAGAUUUUCUCAAUAUUUAGAUUUUUUUGCAAUAGUUGUAUAUUGUCCUAUCCUACAAUCCAUGUAAUGGAAAGCUUGUUUGUUGAGCUUUCAAGUAUAUUUUGUUGUUCAGGAUCACAUAAAAUGCCUAUUUUAUUACAUUUUCAUUGAACCCUCUCCUGAAUUUUCUUGUUUUGUAUAUUUUGAUAUAAAAUGUAAGAUGAAACAUCAGACUUAUCUAACAAACUUGUAUAUUUGUAUCAAUAUGCUGACUAAAAUAGGUUUAUGCGGAUGCAUGGUGUGCCUAUUCAUGUUAGCCCAUCAUCAAAUAAUUUAUAAAACUAUGAUAAAUAAAUUAAGUGAUGUAAUUAUGUCUAUUAAUAAAUAAGAUAAAUUGAGAUUUCCGUCACAUGUUGUUAUCUUAUUAGUCCAGGACAUGGCACACUUGUGUUUUUAUUUUCUUGUUUCUGUGGUUGAACAUUUCUCCACCUUACAAUGUGAUAGAAAAAA